ACACAGACCUAAAACAAUCAAAAUGUUCAAAUUGGUGGUGUUGUCCGCUCUCGUAGCCAUCGCUGCUGCUAAGCCCAGUGGUAUUUUGGGCUACUCUGCCCUCGCUGCCCCAGCUGUGGUGGCCGCCCCCGCUGUGGCCGUCCCUGCCGCCGUCAGUCACCAGUACAGAACCGACGUCGUCAGCAAACCAGUUGUUGCCACUUAUGCCGCCCCCAUUGUUCAGAAGGCCGUAGUCGCCGCGCCCGCCGUUGUCGCCGCUCCCGCCGUCGUAGCCGCCCCCGUCGCCUACUCCGCCGCUGUUUCCCAUCAAUCCCGCGUGGAUUACCACCACCCCACGGUUGUGGCUGCUGCUCCCGUCGCCUACGCCGCCCAUGCUCCAGUAGUACACGCUUGGUGAAGAGAGGACUGAUGUGUUAAUGUAAAUUAUUUGCAACAAUAAAAUUAUUGAAAAUAA